AUGGCUCUGAAUAGCGGUGACCACGAUGGUCAGCUAUGUGUGAGCGCAACCAAUGCGUCUACAUUUUCGACGAGCUUAAGGGCUCCGACGGCGUCGCAGCAGCCGUGGGAGCUGGAUUUCCUGCUACCAGAGCCACUUGCAAGCUUCACUACGGAUACCCGUUCUUACUUUCAAGACACGUCAAGGAAAGACUGCCCCCGUCUUCACGAAUCGGAACUUGGGUACCCUUCAGAAUCGGAAGAUACCGCGAAAACACCUCACUCAGGCGAGGAUUGGCAAGACAUUCCUCUAAGUGAAUAUGGUGCGAGCGAGUUCUCGUCAUACUUUGUCGACAACGUCUUCUCGGAUAAGACGACUACCAUAUCGAAGGCACAAUCUUCACAGUCACCUUGCGGCAAACUGAUGGCGCUUAAGAGCCCGAAACUUCGAGUCCACACUGCCACUUGCACUGGUAAAGACCUCUCUGAAUCUCAACAUAAGCACAGAGAAGACAGCUCGUUUGUCAAGAGCGAGGCUCGUGUGGUUUCACCGACAACCGUUGAUAAGAAGGUUCUUGUCACGGACAAUGAUCUCCGACUGUUCUCAACGAGCAACAUGAGGGAGCUCAGUGGACGCAAAGAGAAAAACUCAAAGCACAACAGCAAGAAGGUCAACUCCACCGCUCCAGUUGCAACCCACCGCCAACUUAAGCGCUGUGCUUCUCUUGAAGCUGACUUUAACGACCACUUUGUUCGAGCUCUAAAACGCACCAAAAGUCUCGAUCAAGCUUCAUGGAGUGCGUCAACCAUUGACUCACGCUGGUACUGUGGUCACCCAGAAAGUUUCCAUAGGAUGCAGCAAAGAUUGUUGAGUCCGAUGCAUCCUUCGACGUCUCUGGGGUUCAACGGAGCCAACAUAUAUCUCCCCGUUCACCACCAAAUUGGUAUGCAACUGCGUCAGCAAUUUCAACCUCAGUACGAGCCACCAAAGCGAAAGAUUGGUAUCUAUUCGCCUGCCGAGCGCCGCGAGCGACUAAAGCGCUUCCACGAGAAGCGAAAGCUUCGAGUGUACCACAAGCGCAUCAAAUACGACUGCCGCAAGCGUCUCGCCAACUCUUGUCCUCGCAUCAAAGGACGCUUCGUUAGGAAGUCCGAGUUCCUCCAAGCCAAAGAGAGCGACAGCAUCUCAUCGCCAGCUACGUCUGAGUCGACUUCAAACACGGAAGAUUGUCAGCUUUAA